AUGCAAUUGGAAUCUCUAACUGUAAUGUCUCCAGAGGAGAUGGGAGACCAAGGGAGCUUGAGGUCUCGUAUUAAACAAAUUUCACAACUCUCCUUAGAUUCAAGAGCCAAGGCUAUCUUGAUGCAAAGAUUAAUGAUGGGCAGGUUUAAUAAAGUUGAACAGAAGUUAAUACCGAAAGGUGAGAAUACUUUAGCCGAAGCGAUUGCUAGCGUAAAGGAGGAGGACUGGUUGCCUACAUAUCAUUCCGAAAGUGCAUUAGGGUGUCCUCAUUACCAAAGAGCUUGUAAAUUACAAUGCUAUCAAUGUAAUGAAUGGGUUGGCUGUAGGUUUUGCCAUGAUGAACAACAACACGAACCUGCUCAUACUUUUAUAAGGAAUAAGACUCGUUGGAUAAUGUGUAUGAGAUGUCAAAACGUUCAGCCGCCCUCUCGAGAGUGUAACAGGUGUGAAGAAGAAUUUGCCCUCUACUACUGUGAGAAUUGUAGACUAUACGAUAAUGAUGAAGCCAAGGACAUUUAUCACUGUGAUAAGUGCGAACUCUGUAGAUUAGGAUUAGGUUUGGGAAUUGAUUUUUUCCAUUGUGAUGGAUGUCAUGCAUGUCUUUCCAUUGAACUACAGGGCAAUCAUAAAUGUAUUGAAGGUGCAACUAUGUCAAAUUGUCCCAUUUGUGGUGAUUACAUGUUUACUUCGACAAGGCCUGUAGUAUACAUGUCGCCGUGUGGACAUGCCAUUCAUCAACACUGUUUUGAAGAACAUACGAGGCAUUCUUACAAAUGUCCGCAUUGUCAAGUCACGGUUUUGAAUAUGGAUGCUCAAUUUAGAGUUUUAGAUGUGGAAAUCGAAGAACAACCAUUACCUGAACCCUAUUGUCAUUGGAUGUGCAUUGUUUCGUGCAAUGAUUGUAAAGGUAGAAGUAAAUGUUCUUACCACAUAUUAGGACUGAAAUGUGGCCACUGUUUAAGUUAUAAUACUGCACAGUUAAAAUUGAUAAAACCGGAAUUGAGCUCGGAUGUUGGUGCUGAUGUCGCAGCCUUCGAACAAUUCGAUCACACUAUGAACCAUACAUUACGUGAAGAUUUACUGCGUGAUCAUUUACAAACUGAGGAUGUUUCUCCCUUGAUUAAUAUGGACAGUACAAUGUUGACUAAUAUCGAUCAGUAUAUGGAUGCAUAUUUCAAAGAAGAAGGUCUCGAAAAAGGCAAAGAAAGUAGGAAUGUUAAUGAUUUUAUUAAUACAAGUGCACUAUUCGAUGAGGAACCGGGUAAAGUUUCGCUGGCAGAACGUGUUAGAUCAUCGAUAGAUAAAUGGCGUAAUGGGUCUCAAGAUUCCUUGGAUUAG